AUGCCGAAGGGAAAGCCCUCGUGUGGGCUGGUUUGGAUGCACGGCCUCGGAGAUGAUGAGUCGGGCUGGGCAGAUGCACUGGAGGAUAGUUUCGACCUGAAGGGCUUGAAAUCAAGCGGGUCCUGCCGGUUUAUUCUGCCACGCGCCCCCAGACAACGAGUUACGUGCAACGGCGGUGAAACGAUGACGAGCUGGUUUGAUUUUCUGAAGUUACCGCUUUCUGCUUCCGAUGCUGGGAAAUCUGACAAUCCGGGCUGCUCACUGGAGGAGGCUGUCGCCUCCUGCGGCCGCGUCCACGCAGCCAUAGACACACUCGUCGGUGAAGGCAUCCCUGCAGAGCGAAUCGUGGUGGGUGGCUUCUCACAGGGUGGGGCCAUGGCAUCUUGGACUUUGCCUCUUGCAACGCCUCGUCAGCAUGCUGUCUCUGAAGUGCGUUUACAUGUGCAAUAUGCUGUGUCAAGCAAGGCAUUGCUCUCAACGCUCACUUAUCCACAACGCUUGGGCGGUGUCAUCGUCUUCAGCGGCUUGUGCUUCUUCGGGGAGCAUGUGGCGAAAUUGGUUGAUACUCCACAGUGCCGCGAAUUGAAGGUCUUCUGGGGGCAUGGAAACAGGGACAAGGUCCUCCACCCAAGCCUCCAAGAUAUGGGCGUGGAAGCGCUGAGACAUGCAGGAGUAUCGGUGGUGGCUACGAAGUACGAGGUCGAGCAUGGCAAUACGCAGCAAGAGAUGGAUGACGCAGCGGCAUUCUUUGCAUCGGUUGUAGGUGCGUAG